AGGUGAAGAUUUUCUGGAGUACUGAAAACAAUGCCUAAAUCAUGCCAGGGAUAGCUGAUCAACAUUUCACAACUCCUCAGUCUACCCCUACAAACCUCAUUGAAAACAAGGAAACAAAUUAUGAAUCACUUGCUGUCUAAUCAGAAUCUGAAUCACAAGCAAAAACAAAACAGUAUGGACCUAGAAACAGUUCGGUCUCUCUGAUGUGGGACACAGCAGGCUAUAGCUUGUUCUGUUGAGCCAGAAAACCAACAAUGAUGGCAGUAGUAACGACUGGUUGGAUUUUCCCCAUCUUACAGCACCUCGCAGGUCCCUUCUCCGAGCAGUACGUUGCCUGAGUAGAAACACAGAGAUCAGCUGCAGGUUUCUAUCUUCAAUAACAGAUACAGAGGGAAAGGGAAAAGGGUUGGAAAAGGAGAGACAAAUAUUGACUUGGCCUUAUAGAAAGACAUCCAGCGACUGAAUAAAGAAGCCCUGUUCAUGUUUUGGGAUAUUCUUUCAACUGGCUGGAACCAGAGUGGAUCAAAAGAAUGGGAAAUGCCAGCAGACCCUUUAGAAGAAUUGCUUAUUUCCUAUGCCUUUUAUGUAUGCUUUUGCUGACUGAAGGGAAGAAAUCAGUGAAGCCAAAAUGUCCUGCCUCGUGUACUUGUACCAAAGAUAAUGCUUUAUGUGAAAAUGCCAGAUCUAUUCCAACCAGCGUUCCGCCUGAUGUUAUCUCACUAUCCUUUGUGAGAUCUGCUUUUACUAAAAUCCCAGAAGGGAGUUUUUUGCUCACACCGUCUCUGCAGCUUCUGUUAUUUACAUCAAACUCUUUUGAUGUUAUUAGUGAUGAUGCUUUCAUGGGCCUUCCUCAUCUAGAAUAUUUGUUCAUAGAGAACAACAGCAUUAAGUCAAUUUCAAGAAAUACUUUUCGAGGACUGAAAUCUUUAAUUCACUUGAGCCUUGCAAACAAUAAUCUUCAAACACUUCCAAAAGACAUAUUCAAAGGGCUGGAUUCUUUAACAAAUGUGGAUCUUAGAGGGAACACAUUUAAUUGUGACUGCAAACUGAAAUGGUUAGUGGAAUGGCUGGGCAGCACCAAUGCAACAGUUGAAGACAUUUAUUGUGAAAGUCCACCAGAAUAUAAGAAGCGUAAAAUCAAUAGCCUCUCUUCAAAGGAAUUUGAUUGUAUUAUUACAGAAUUUGCUGUUUAUGAAUCCCUGCCAUAUCAGUCUCUGUCAGUAGAUACUUUCUCCUACAUGAAUGAUGAGCAUGUGGUUAUUGCUCAACCUUUUACUGGAAAAUGCAUCUUUCUUGAAUGGGACCAUGUAGAAGGGUCUUUCAGGAAUUAUGACAACAUUACAGGUACUUCGACUGUUGUGUGUAAGCCCAUAAUUAUUGAGACUCAGCUGUAUGUCAUUGUUGCCCAGCUCUUUGGAGGCUCCCAUAUUUACAAAAGAGAUAUUUUUGCUAAUAAGUUUAUAAAAAUUCAAGAUAUUGAAAUUCUUAAAAUCCGAAAACCCAAUGACAUUGAAACUUUCAGGAUUGCAGAAGACUGGUAUUUUGUUGUUGCAGACAGUUCAAAAGCUGGCUUUACCACGGUUUACAAAUGGAAUGGAAAUGGAUUUUACUCCCAUCAGUCACUGCACGCGUGGUACAGAGAUACUGAUGUGGAGUAUCUUGAAAUAGCCGGCAAACCUCAUUUAAUUCUGUCGAGUAGUUCCCAAAGACCUGUUAUAUACCAAUGGAACAAAGGAACAACUGAAUUUGUUAAGCGUCUCGAGAUCCAAGAUAUGGAGGAUGUGUAUGCAGUGAAACACUUCAGAGUGAAAGAGGAUGUGUACAUUUGUUUAACAAGAUUUAUUGGUGAUUCCAAAGUAAUGAAAUGGGGAGGUGCAGCAUUUCUGGAUUUACAAAGAAUGCCAUCCCGAGGGUCAAUGGUAUUCCAGCCUCUUCAGAUAAGCAAUUAUCAAUAUGCCAUUCUUGGAAGUGAUUAUUCUUUUACUCAAGUCUAUUAUUGGGAUACUGAAAAAGCAAAAUUUGUGAAGUUUCAAGAAUUAAACAUACAGGCGCCAAGAUCUUUCACACACGUUUCCAUUGAUAAACGCAAUUUUCUCUUUGCUUCAAGUUUUAAGGGAACUACAUUAAUUUAUAAACAUGUCAUAGUUGACUUAAGUGCAUGACACUCAUAGUUCUGAGAUUACAUCAGACUUUCUACCAUAAGUGGACAAAAUGAACUAAAUGCAUGAUGACUCUUAUCCUACUUCCAGAUGAAUGCCUUUAAAAGUUGAGAUUGCUAGAACAAAGUAUUACUAGUAUCUUCAUCUUUAAUUGUCAAGUCUAGUGGUGUUGGAAGUUGCAUUUUUUAACAAAAAGAAAUUAAAUUAUUAACUGUUCUUUGCAUCCACAAUAUGUAAAUAUGCGUGCAACUGCAUCUGUUGCUAAAAGUAUUCAGAUGUACUUUUUCAUUUAUUUAUUCACCUGUUCGAUAACAACUGCCAAAUAAAAUGUUUACAUUUUCUGUCUUUCACAUUCCAAAUAUGAUUAUUUACAGGUGAUAAUUUUUAUUUGUGUAUAUAUUAUACACAUAUAUAAAUAAACAACAAGGUGUGUUGUACAUGGCAGUGUUUUUCUUAGGUGUUUCUUUUAAUAUUAUAAGCCACAACAAUAAAACACAAGUGGUUUAUACAUGUAAUCACAACCACAUGAUAAA